UGUCCAGGAGCUGGCCACGGCGCUGCCGCACCGCCUGGCCGACCUGAACUCCAUCAUCGCGGUGCGAACCCAGGGCGUCCAGGGCGCCGAGGGGCACGUCGACUUCAACGUACGAGCGGGCCGAGUCCGCGCUGCGCUGGUCUGGCUGAAGGAGCACCACCGCUACUACCGUGAUGUAGAAAUCUCAGAGGAAAAUUUGUCGCAAUUGCCUGCUAAUGGUGAUGCUUAUUCACAGGUCCAGGGGAUAGACGAGCGCGCGCGCCCGCCCCCACCCCCAGCUGCUGCUCCAGCUGCUGCUGCACCCGGUGGCGCUGCUGCCGCGGCUGCCGAACCUGCACCACCUGGAGGGCCCGCAGCACCCGCAGCACGACCUGCGCCUGAGGGCGGCCCGGAGGCCGGGCCGCACCAGGAGGACACCGAGGCCGUCGGCAUCCACGUGACGUGCAUGCCCAUGAUCCGGCCCGAGCACAACGAGGACCAGGUCGAGUCCCAUGUGACGGACUGGCCAACGAUCGGACCUCAGCCUGUCAAUGAGUUCACCACGGAUGGCUACCUGACGAUGGCCUUCCCCUGUCUCUUCCCCACGGGCGAGGGAGACUUAAGGAGUGGCCGCACCACUAAAAUCCACACGGCCGAUUACUUUAAGUUUCUAAUGGAGUACUCUGAUAGACGAUUCUCAUGCCAUCCCACUUUCAGGUUUUUCGCCCUCAACUCCAUGAUGCGGUGGAACGCUCUGACAAACGGACGGGUGUUCAUCAGGAACAACCCCCGGUUCAACGACAUGACGGCCGCUGACCUCAGGCGGCGCAUCCGGGCGGGCGAGAGGAACAUCCUCAAGCAGGCGCUGUACCACGGCAACAAGCUCAAGGGCACCAGGCAGUACUGGCAGUCCCGUUGUGGUGAGUUACUUGACAUGGUCAAUCAGCUAGGAAUACCCACACUGUUUAUGACCCUUAGCGCUGCUGAUCUGCACUGGUCGGACUUCUUCCGGCUCGUGUCGCCCGGUGAGGACUUCGAGACCAUGACGGAGACUCGGCGCCAGCAACUACUGUGCGAGAAUCCUCACAUUGCUGACACUUUCUUUGCCGAGAGGACAAAGUUUUUCAUUACAAAGGUAUUUAAGGUUAAGUACAAUGUAAAGGACUACUGGUUUCGCUUUGAGUACCAGCACAGGGGUUCGCCACACGUCCACGGGAUCGUGUACCUAGACGGUGCCCCUGAUGUGAGCAACCUGAAGGAUGCCUCUCAGGAGCACCUCGACGCCGUUAUAAGGUACUUUGACUCCUUGGUGUCGACGAUGAACCCAGGUAAGGACUUGCCUCCUGCCGACAUUCAUCCGUGUAGGAAAAAGUUUAGCGAAGUUACUGACCCUGUUCGCGACCUGGGCGAGCUGUUGAACAGAGUGCAACAUCACAGGUGUUCAAAUCAUUACUGCAUAAGGGUCGAUAGGACUACUGGCCAACCGGUUUGCAGGUUUAAGUUUCCUUUCCAGGAAGAGCCUAUCACUAGGCUUUUUGAAAAUGAGAAAGGCCUAUGGGAACUAAUUACCGCUCGAAAUGACAGUCUUUUAAACAAGUACAUGCAGUGGGUGAUUCAGUUGUGGCGAGCCAACAUGGAUGCUAGCCCUGUACUUUCUAUGAAGUUUAUGCUCAGGUACAUUGCCAAAUACACGGCAAAAGGUGAGAAACAGUCUGUGACCUGCCGGGAGCUCGUGGGAUCUAUCCUGGACGAUGCCGGCGACGAGGACUCAGCCCGCUCCGUCAUUCAGAAGCUGCUGAUUAAGACGGUUUCAGAGCGAGACUACUCGGCGCAGGAGGUGUGCCACAUCCUCACCGGCCAGCCGCUACACAUGUCUUCGCGCUCGUUCAAUGUGGUGAACCUGCGGAAGGACGAGUGGGUUGAGCUCCGCCCAGACGGUCACGGAGGCGACGGGGACGGCGAGGACGUCGAUGACCCGGUCGGCCACGCUGACGCCCAGGGUGACGCCGAGCGGCAGGGCGCCGCGGAGGGCGAGGAGGGCGCUGACGAGGCAAUCGCUGGGGGAGAGGAUGUUUCAACAUUCCCUGCCUUUGUGAAAGCCUACCAAAACCGUAGGUUGGUUGCCAUGAAUGACUUGACUCUGUUCCAGGUAGCCAAAGCUUACUCUUGGCGAAACAAGAGAUGGAGCCGCAACAUGAGAAAUGGGCGGCCCCACGACGCCGUGGUGCGGGCAUUCCCCCGCCUCAAACUCACAGGCAACGAGGAGAAGGACGAGGACUUCUACCGAAUCCAGGUGCUGCUGCACACCGCCUGGCGCACGGAGGAGGAUGCCAAGGGUGCGUUCGACACCUGGAAGGCGGCCUUCGAGGCGCGCGUCCCCGCGGGACUCGUCCCCGUGGAGGCCAUGGAGGGCGCCGUGGCCGAAGCGGCCGCCGAGAUGGCUGUGGAGGAGGCUCUGUUCGAGCCGCCCGAGGAGCCCGAGGCCGAGGUCGACGCCGAGGUCAUGGAGCAGUGGAUGGCGCUGGCCAGGAUGGGUCCAAACGGUCAGGCCGAGAGAGUGGAGCUGGGCCGGCGUGAGAUGGACCUGGCCUACGACUGGCAGGAGUCGGCCGGUGCCUAUGGCGACAUCACCACUCUGCGCCACUUCAUCUCCACCCAGAAAGCGCUGCACGUCGCUGCAGAUGACGACAUUGUGGUGGACGACGUCGUCUACACCCCAGAGCAGCAGGGCCUUAUCAACUUGGUCCAGGAGCAGAUCAACGCGCUCCGCAAUGGGGCACCUCCCCGCGGGCACGAUGCAGUGCCAAAGCGUGUUCAGAUCCAAGGCUCCUUGGCCUGAUGGAGAAACGCUUGCGUGAGGCAAAACCCCACUGCGACGAGGUGUUCGCUGGCCUCAAUAUCUUUCUGAUCGGGGACGUCCGCCAACUGCCCCCAGUGGGAGACUCUCCGCUGUACUCC